AUGGCUUACCGCGAACACCAUGAGAGCGCCGUCUCGACGUCGACAUACUCGUCGACGGCGUACGACCCGGCGUCGUAUACCGCCAUCAAGGACCCGAAGGAGAUAGACCAGCGAGGAGCUUCAGACCCCAUGCUGGUGGAUGAGUCUGUCAGCCCUCCCGAGUGGAAGCCGUCGAGGCACCAGAUGGUCAUCAUCACAACGCUGUCCAUCAUGUCCUUUGUCAUUGCUUUGGACGCCAACGUGAUUGUCACGUCUCUACCGUCCAUUAUCCAAGAUAUUGGCGGAACCUCUACACAAGCCUUCUGGGUCGGCACCGCGUACUUGAUCUCAUGCGCGGUUGCGAUGCCCUUCCUGGCGUCUCUCAGUGAUAUCUUUGGCCGACCCAUCAUUCUGAUUGGCAGCUUGGCUUUCUUCACCGUGGGUACAAUCCUUUGCUGCGUUGCUGGCGGCAUCGCGCUUUUGCUCGGCGGCCGCGUUGUCCAAGGUAUCGGUGCUGGAGGCAUGUAUGUGCUCAGCCUGGUGGUCUUCACCGAUAUCGUGCCCCUCCGUCACCGCCCAAAGCUUUACGGAAUCAUCCAAAUGGCCUGGGCCGUCGGUUCUCUCAUUGGUCCCAUCAUCGGUGGCGCCAUUGCCGAGCACACCACUUGGCGAUGGAUCUUUUAUCUUAACUUCCCCAUCUGCGGCUACUCUCUCGUGUCCGUACCCAUCCUAUUGACCUUGAAGCCGCCCACGGCGACCUUCUCUGAGAAGCUCAAGCGCGUCGACUGGCUCGGUGGCUUCUUGUUCAUCGGCUCCAUGGUGACUUUCCUUGUUGGCAUCUCCUGGGGCGGCAACGACUUCCCUUGGCGCAGCGCGCAGACUUUAGUGCCCGUUUUCAUCGGCGCUGCUGGUCUGAUCGUCACGCUGACGUACGAGCACCGUUAUGCGAGGUUCCCGUUCUUGAAGAAGAUUCUCUUCACAGACGUGAGCGCUAUCACCGUCUAUGUUCUCGGUCUUCUGCAGGGAUUCAUUCUCUACGGCCAGCUCUAUUACAUCCCCUUCUACUUCCUCUCUGUUAUGCAGUAUAGCCCCACCAUGGCUGGUGUGGCUAUGCUCCCCGUCACCCUUCUCCUUCUACCGGGCUCUAUCAUCUCCGGCAUCCUCGUUUCCCGCUUCAAUGCCUACCGCUGGUCGAUCUGGAUCGGCUGGGCUCUCAUGUCGCUCGCUUCUGGCCUUCUCAUCUACUGGGACGUUGACACCUCGCUCCCGGUCCACAUCGUCACCCUGGCCAUUGGUGGUAUCGGUCACGGCUUCGUUCUCAACGCGCAGACCUUUGUCACCGGCGCCAUCGUGGAGCCCCAGAACUCGGGCCACGCGGCGGCCAUGUACUUGUUCCUCCGCAUGUUGGGCUGCGCCAUCGGUGUUAACGUCGGGUCCACGACGUUCCAGAACGUCAUGGCGAUGAAGCUCGAGCGCAAGGGCAUCGCGCAGGACAUUGCGCAGCGGGCCGAGGAGUAUCUCGUGGUCAUCAAGACCCUUCCUGACGGCACCUUCAAGGACGCUGUCCUGGAGUCGUACGCCUUCGGCUUCAAGGGCGUGCACGGCGUGUACGUCGCGCUGGCGGUGCUUGCCUUCUUCGCGAGCUUCCUCAUCCGCCACUAUGACCUGAACAAGGUGCACGAGACGGAGCACCAGUUGCAGGAGAACCGCGUUUCGAGGCUGUUUGACAGCCGUAAGAACCUGAAUCUGAACCUGAACUUGAACCAGGACCGCGGCCAGCCCAUCCCGUCGUCGCCCAUUGAUUAA